AUGGAAGCCCGAGAGCUUCAGACACUCCAUCUCAUCAACAUCAACCUCAGCAACCCUGAACAACACCCGAACACCAUGACCAACAGGAGUUCGUUACCAUUUGUUCUGUGGCUGCUCCUCCCUACGACCAUCAUGGCUCAAGGCUACCCCAAGCUGUAUUCCCACCAAUGGCUGAGCAACUGGCAGAGCCUGCACCUUCUGGAUGAAAUGGGUGGACAGUUUCCUCUGCACUGCCUCAAGGAGAAGACGAACUUCAAGCUGCCCGCAGAGAUGAUGCAUCCACACCAGUUCCAGCAGGAAAAUGCCACUGAGGCCAUUCAUGACCUGCUCCAGAACAUCUUCAACAUCUUCGGCAGAAAUCACUCCCAAACUGGCUGGGAUGAAGCCACUGUUGAGAAAUUCCUCCAUGGAGUCCAUAAGGAGAUGAUGCGGCUGGAGCUGUUUCUGGAAGAGGAAAUGGGGUGGGAAAACAGCACCUUGAGAGGGGACGUCAGCCUGCACAUUAAGAGCUACUUCAAGGGGAUGAUGGAUUAUCUGAAGGGCAGAGACUACAGCAGCUGCGCCUGGGAGGUGACCCGAAUGGAAGCCAAGAGAUGCUUUCUAGUCAUGUACAGACUCACAAGAAAGCUCAAGAAAUAA